AUGACCAUCUCGUUCUCCUUCCCGAUGGAGUCUCUCCCCGACUACGCAUAUCAGCGCAGUCACAGCCCCGAAGCCGUUGAUGACUCGUACGAGCCCUCAGAACGAGAGUUCCAUCUCACCGCCAAGGACGGAAUUCCUUGGGCCACGCUUCGCGUGUCGAGUCGCUCGUCGGAGGGAUCACCGGUAGUCCACGAGGGCGAUGAAAUCUCCGGACGAGUGGAGCUCAACAUCCGCUGCGCGGACAUAACAGCGGUCACGAUUGCGCUGAUAGGUCGCGUCGAGGGUGACGUGGUAUCCGGUCGACACACAUUUCUGAACAUGACCAAAACGCUUCUAUGUCCGCAAUCCGAACUCUCGAGGCGCGACUCUGUUACUACAAUAUCGUCUAUUAGCUCCCGGAUGUUCAGCCCGCGUCGCAAGCUCACUGGGGAUUUCUCGCUGCCAUUCAGUUUCGCGCUCCCGGAGACCGUUGACGUUCGGAGCCACCUCUCUCAGCGCACCCAUACAUGUCGUCUUCCGCCUUCUUCGAACGAAAGCGGGGCGCGUUUCAACUUCUCGUACAAACUCGUUCUUCGCGUGUGCCGACCUCGAUUGCAACUGGAUUCCUCACUGAACGUGCCGAUCUUGUAUUUGCCCAUCACGCACCAAGAGGCACCGUCUCCCCUCCGGGAGCUGGCGAACCUGGGACAUAUGCCGCUACUUGGCGUCGAGGGUGACCCUGAAGGGUGGAGGUCACUUCCUCCUGCCACCGUGCGUGGACGAGCCUUCGGGCGACGAGAUAUAGGCGUUGAAUGUAUGCUGUCGGUUGCUCGACCUCUUUGUUGUUCCAGGGGUGCCACCAUAUCUCUAAUGCUACGGCUUCGAUCGGAUGAUUUGCAAGCAUUGGCUCUUCUCUCUCGCCCCUGCGCUCCUUCCGUCUCGAUUCAAAUCCAGUACAGUAACGACCAGGGCGUACCCAACAGCACCGCACAUUACCAAUACAACCGACGGGUUGUCAAAGCCUGCUGGAAACCGUUCGUCGAGCCUGGUAACGAGCACCCGGACGAACACGAGCGGAUUCUCUACAGCGAACUGCGGCUGCCCAGCGACGCGGUACCUACCGUGCGCUUUGGACCCUACAAAAUAUUGUAUUACAUCGUGAUGGACACGCCGAUCGUCACCGGAUUUGCGCCCAACUCCUACUCGCGACUCGCGACUCAACCGCUCGAGGUCGUUGCGGACCCUCAAGCGGUGCAGCAUACCCACAGCGCCUUGCCUCCUCCGUAUCUUCAUUGAAGAUGUGAAAUUAUG